AUGACUGUGGGUCACGCUGCUUCAGUUCGGUCGGUCCCGGAUGAGACCCUCUCUGGGGCAGAGGUUGAAUGCAUGCUCGCUCAAAGGAUACCGGCGAGGCAGAGCGACCUGAGGGCAGCAUUUCAAACGCUGGACACAGAGGGGAACUUCACCGUCACUACAGGGGAGUUCAGGCGUGUCAUUGAGGGCUUUCUCCUCCCUCUCUCUCAGCCUCAGUUUGACGCCCUGCUGACUAAGGUUCCAAAGAGAGGAAAUGGGAGCGUAGCCUAUAUGGAGUUCCUGAGGAAAUACUGUAGAGCUUCGACUGCAGUCAGCAGGUGCUGUACCAGGAGCAGACAGCGGCCCAUGAUGCUGGGGGAAAUGCAGUGCUGCCUCAAAGACAAGAUCGCGAACAACUUAAAGAACAUCACCAGGGCCUUUCGUCUGUUCGACCACAAUCAGGACGGGAGGAUACAGAGGCACGAGCUACGGAGGAUUCUAGACUGCUACUGCGUCCCGCUCAGCGACCAGGAGUUUCACAGACUUUGGUCACAUUACAGCCCUAACAAAGCAGGAACAAUAUCGUACAGAGUGUUUCUGGAGAAACUUGGUGUCGACUGUGAAAACUACAGGAAGCUGGGAUGUCAGGAGUCUGUGAAGUCAGUUUUGAACUGGGAGGCUGUCAAUCAAGAUAACAAGAGGCGGCAGGAGGAAGCCUGGACACCUGCAGACAGAGCCCUCCCUUCCCGAGAGCUGACAUUAGACCAAAUCCAGAUCGCGUUCCUGAAAAAGAUGCGCAUGCACUACGGAGACGUCUGGCGAGGCCUGCAGGCCUUUGACGUCACACGCAGCGGAUUUGUGUCCCAGGAGGACCUGAAGUCUGUUCUCAGCAACUUCCUGUUUCCCAUGAGUGACACUACCUUCCAGGGCUUGUUUCGGGACUUGGCUCAGAAGGAUGAGCAGAUGCCGAAAGCCAGGGGGGACCCCGUCCAGGGUUCGUCUUCUGAGCAGCCGGGCAGUGGAAUGGUCCAACAGAAGCAGCCGGAUGUAGACGAAGUCUUCCCUCUGCUGAAGAGGGCUUUUCUGAUGCUCGAUGCGGGCGAGGACGGGAAGGUCACGCGGGCUGAGUUUCGGAGGGUGAUGGAGGGUCCGGCGUUCCGUUUGACCGAUCGCCAGCUUAAGGAGCUGAUGAUCCUGCUGGACCCAGAGCACGCUGGGAUCAUCCAAUGCCAGCGUAUCCUCGAGAUACUGCAGCCGCAGGAGGGGACCCCGGUGGAGGGGCUACUCCGGGACAAGCUCUGUGAGCACCUCACCCUGGUCAUGGAGGAACUCGCAUGCUAUGACCACGGUCAGAACGGGACCGUUCAUCAGGAAGAGCUUAGGAAGGUCAUCCAGAGCUAUGGACUGCCUCUGUCAGACAGCCACUUCCACAGACUCUGCGAGCCUUGCAUGGACUCUGGCAGAGUCGUAUACAGCCAGUUUCUGAAGAGGCUGGGAGUGUCCAGGGGCAGCAAUGAGGCAGAGAACACAGGGAAGGCACCAGGCCUUGCUGAAAGGAGCAGGUCUUCUCAUCCCUCCCAUGUGGAGAGCAUUAGGAGUCGGGCGGUGCAGGACACUGUCCUAAAGAAACUCAGAGACAGCCUCUCCCUGCAGAACACCUCCCUCCAAGACUUGCUCCUGAAAACGGGAAGGGACUCUGGUGGAAUGCUCUCUUUGAAACAUUUUAAGAGGAUUCUGGAAGACAGAGGAAUCAUUCUAGAUCCGCAGGAGUUCCACAUUCUCGCCAAAGCUCUCGGGUUUAAAGAUGGCAGCCUUUCCCACUCUGACCUCCUGGGUAAAUACGAAGAGAAUGUGAGGGGGCAGAGGAGUGCGUAUCGUCAGCGCAGUGGGAGUGACCGCUCCAAUGGAGGAGGCCUCGGUCUGAUGACCGCGGAAGACUGCCUCUCUCAGCUGAAGGGAAGGAUCAAGGAACGCCAUGGGGACAUCCUCUCUGCAUUCCUCGUGAUGGACAAGAACCACGAUGGGCUGGUCAGCAGGAAUGACUUCAGAGGCCUGUACAACAGCCUGCUGUUCGUCGCCAAGGAGACGGAAUACCAGCGUCUCCUGGAGCUGCUUGGACUCAAACCCGGGGCCACACUAAACUACUCAGACUUCUUUAACAUGAUCCAGUCCAUCAACAAGAUAGGGGCACAGCCUCAUCCUGCCAACAGAACAAUGCAGUCAGUCAGUCAAGCCAGCGACCAGGUCCACGGCCACCUGGUCACCCGUGCUCGCAGCGGAUGGUCAGAGAUGGCGAAGACAUUUAGUCAGAUUGAUGAGGAUGGUCAAGGCCUGGUCUAUAAGAAGGAUCUGAGACAGCUUCUGUACACAUACGCUUUGCCCAUCACACCUAAUGAAUUUGAAAAGCUGUGGUCGAGGUACGAUGUGGAGGGAAAAGGCUACCUCACCCACUCCGAGUUCCUGCGCAAGUUGGGUGUGGAUCCUGAGGGCGAGAGGCGUGGCUUGAGUCACGUGAUUGAGGAGGAGCAGUCGGAGUUGCAGAGACAAGCAGACACUGUUGGCAUGGAGACGCCCCACACCAGGGCCAUGCUGCGAGACGUAGGGGAGGUGAUCAGAGGGAACUACCAGGACUUCAGCGUGACACUGACCAGGCUGGAUGAGAAGAGGGACGGCCGUGUGACUGUGAAAGACCUGCAGGCUCUGUUACAGAAACACUCCUGCCUCUUAGAGGAGGGCCACCUCAUUCAGCUCCUCAACAAUCUCAACAUCACUGUCGAAAACGGGAAGCUGCCUUACCUGGACUUUCUGCGGGCAUUCGACAAACAAGCAGUACCAGCCACACCUGACCCCCCCGUCCAGCAGGAGAGCGUGGAGGGGUUGAGUACGGAGAGGGCCCUGCUCCGAAUUCGGGAGGUCGUUGCACUCUCCUUCAACACCCUGCACAAGGCCUUCUCGGCAUUUGAUAAGAGUGGGAAAGGCACUGUCCCAGCCUUGGAGUUUCGGCGGGUCCUGGAUCAUUUCUGCGUCCGGCUGUCAGACCGGCAGCUCAGACACUUGCUGGCCAAACUGCGGGUGAACGAGGAGGACCACACCAUCCCCUGGAGGGAAUUCCUGCUCCGCUUCCACCCUGACAACCAGGAGACAACAGAGGAAUGGCUGGAGAAAGUGAGGAGAGCGGGCCAGCCUGCCAAAUCUCGCCCCCUGCCGAUUGAGGACGUCCUAGGGCGCAUCCAGGAGGUGGUCUCUGCCAAGCUCUACACCAUCACCAAGGAGAUGGCUGACCUGGACUACGCCCACAUCAACGUCAUCUCCAAGGAGGACUUCAGGAGCAUCUGUGACCACCAUUUUAUGAGGCUCACUCUUGAACAGUUUGAGAACUUGUGGAACCAGCUGCCAGUCAAUGCAUUUGGUAACCUGGAGUACCGGGAGUUUCUGAAGAGAUUCAGUGGAGUGACUGGGGAGAAACCGCCGAGUCCCGAGAGAGGUUGCCCCUCCAAAGGGUCUCCGUCCCCGUCUCGGUCAGAGGUGGCCCCAUCAGUCCUCCGGCGACCCAAAACUGCCCCAUGCACCAUCGGCCACUCACAGUCGGCGGAGCAGAAGGAGCAGACGGGCCGCCCCUCCACUGCGGGGGGGAGGGCCACACCCCUGCAGAACGGGGAGGUGGCGGAGAGGAGGCUGAGGAGCCAGAUGCAGAGCUGCUGGAGGGUGGUCCAGAGACGCUGCCGGGACCAGGACACAGAGGGCGCCGGGCACAUCAGUGUGGACAGCUUCCUGGCCAUAAUGGGGGACCUGCAUGUGAAGAUGACCCAGCCGGAGCUGGAGCAGCUGGCGGCGAAGCACGACAUUAAGAUCAACGGCACGCUCUCCUACCCGGACUUCCUGCGCCAGUUUGUUCUCUCUCUGAAGCCCCAGGCCACGCCCGCCUUCCACCGGCCCAAAGUGCCCCUGCCCAGGAGACCGAUGAGUGCCGGGGUGCUGAGUGGGCAGUGCCUGGCUGCCAUGCUCAGGAUACACGGCCUGGUCCAGCGGUUCUGGAGGCCCAUGAGGCAGAGCUUCAUCACCUUCGACCGAACCCGGAGCGGCCACAUUUCCCUCGGGGACUUCAGACAGGUGCUCGGGCAGUAUAGCAUCAACCUUUCAGAGGAUGAAGUCUUCCAUCUCAGUUCCUACUUUGACAAAAACCUUUCUGGGAAGAUCUCCUACAAUGACUUUCUCCAUACCUUUUUAACCUGA